AUGGCGGGAUGCAUGAAAAUGUUGAACGGCUGUGUGUCGACAGGAACUAAAUUACUUCUUUUCACGGUGCUUUUAAUUUGUGCUCCUCGGUCCUCACACCAGAGUACUGGUAACACACCUCCAAUAACUGAUCUGGAAGAUGGAAAGGAGUACGUCAUGUCGGGGUCUAACCGGUUCUGCUACAGGAACAGUGUAGUGCCAACCUGGAGACAAACCUGGACAAGAAUUCAGGUGAAAGUGUGGAGUUCAAACGUAUUUAAGGUCGACACUGUGGAGGGUGAGGAGGAGCUGCAGGACCUGGAGCGCUUCACUUUCUGGAGCUGGUUUCAGAGUUUGUUACGUGAACGACACAAUGAAACGACCGUUAACAUCAACCUGUUCAGCAAAAAGACCUGCUUCAAGAUCGACCCCACUGGCAACGCCAAGUACACCGUCAAACCUUUUCGCAAGUUUGAUAUCUACCUGUUUUUGGUGUUCUUCUCUGGGGCUUUGCUGUUUGUCUUUGCAGACUCUCUUAGCAGGAGUCCAGCUUUCUUCUACUCUGCUGGGAUGAGUACGGGCAUGGUCGCCUCUCUCAUCAUUCUUGUUUUCAUUCUGGCACGCUUCAUGCCAAAGAAAAGCCCCUUUUAUUUAGUUGUAGUUGGCGGCUGGUCGUUCUGCUUGUACACCAUCCAGCUGGUCUUCAGGAACCUCAAAGUAAUCCUACAGGAGCACUGGCACAUGGCGUUAGGUUAUGUAACCGUGGUGGGGUUCAUCAGUUUUGCGGUCUGUUAUCGUUACGGUCCUCUGGUGGAUGAGAAAAGCAUCAACAUCCUGUCAUGGACGCUGCAGCUGUUCGGACUCCUCCUCAUUUACUUGGGAAUGCAGAUUCAGCAAGUUGCCUUUGCUGUCAUUGUGGCAGCUUUGUUCUCCAAAAACCUGGAGUACCCGGUCUCUCUGGCAGUGGCGGCGUGGAGGAAAAUGAUGCGGCAGAUUUACUGGAAGCCAUUACCACGUCGCCUGCUGACUGAGGAGGAGUAUCAGAAGGAGGGGGAGGAGGAAACUUGCCGGGCUCUGGACGAGCUGAGGAAAUACUGCACCAGUCCAGAGUUCAGCCCCUGGAGGGCAGUGUCCAGGCUCCAGUCUCCAAAAAGGUUUGCUGAUUUUAUCGAAGGAUCGCCUCACCUGAUGCCAAACGAGGUGUCUGUUCACGCUCAGGAGUACGACCUCGCAGGAACUCUGUUCGAGGACGAGUCUUUUGGCACCGAUGAUGAGGAAGAGGACGUCAAACCAGAGUGAGACGUCGGAGAGCGAGAGUUGGGUCAAAAUCAAACAUUAAUGCCUUUCAGAAAGGUGAUGGAAGAUCUCCGUGGCUGUCUGGACCAGACGUUGGGACUAACAUG